ACUGCACAGUGGCAUUAGUCCUUUGUUUACCAUUCUUUAUUCACCAUUUCCAAACUCGUACCAUUUAUUUCUUUCCUAAGUUUUUCUAUCCCUUGAAAUCCGAUAAAUUAUGGAAGUCGCAGGAACAGCUUUGUCUGCAAUCCAAACUAUUCUUUCUGCAUUGCAAACUCCUCAGCUUAUAGAAAUCAUUUCAAUCUAUGGCUAUGAAUCCAAACUUGAUGAACUCCAAAGCACCGUCAACAUCAUCAACAAUGUGCUUCGCAAAGCCCAGUCCGCGCAGGAGCUCCCAGAUGAUGUCCAAGGAUGGAUCGAGGAUCUUAAGGAUGUUGUUUUUGAAGCGGAGGAUUUGCUCGAUGAGUUUGUCACUCUCGCCGAGCAGAACAAGCACUUGAAGGCUGACGGUACAAUAUCCAAGAAGAUGAAGCGCUUCCUUUCUCGUUCUAACCCUUUACUUGUUGCUUUCAAGAUGUCUAAAGGGGUGGACAAGAUUCGGAAGAAGUUGGAUGCUUUUGCUUACAACAAGCAGUUUAUCAUGGAGUUUAAUCAUGAGCCUAUCAAGUAUAGAAAGCCUGAGACUUGUUCGUAUGUGGAUGUUGCUGAAAUCAUUGGAAGAGAAGGCGACUUGGAGCAUAUUGUUGGUAGGUUGCUUGAUUCUGAUGUUCAAACUGAUGUUUCUUUCCUGUCUAUUGUGGGUAUGGGAGGAUUAGGCAAGACUGCUCUUGCACAGCUUGUGUACAGUGAUGAAAGAGUUGAAAGUGCAUUUAAUUUGAGACUGUGGCAUUGUGUCUCUGAUCAACAUCAUAAACAGUUGAACAUUACUGGGAUUCUCGGAGCAAUUUUAGCUUUAUGUACAAAUGAGAAAUGUACAGAUCAAUCCUCCUUGCAGAUUGUGCAAAGUCAACUUCAAAAGAAAUUAUCAGAUAAGAAAUACUUGCUUGUUUUAGAUGAUGUGUGGACUGAAAAUCGCAAUCAAUGGAUUGAACUAGUAAGUUUGUUGAAAGUAGGUCAAAAGGGGAGUUGGAUUGUGGUGACUACACGUUCACAAGUGACAGCAAACUUCAUGGGAUAUGAUUCAAUGUACCAGCUUCAAGGCUUGAAAAAGGAAGAUUCAUGGAGCUUGUUUGAGAAGGUAGCUUUUAGUUCAGAGCAGUGGAAUCAUCAUGAUGACUUGGUCGAAAUCGGGCAAAAGAUUGUUGAAGCAUGUGGUGGAGUUCCUCUUGCCAUAAGAGUGGCAGGAAGUCUUGUAUAUGGCCAAGACAAGAAAAAGUGGGAAGAAGUCCAGGAAGUGGGUGUGGCUAACAUGGGCAAUAAUGAUAUCACACAAAUAUUGAAGCUAAGUUAUCAUCAUCUUUCAUUCUCAUUGAAAAAUUGUUUUAGUUUUUGUGCCAUUUUUCCGAAGGAUUAUAGAAUGAAAAAGAACACAUUGAUAAACCUUUGGAUAGCACACAACUAUAUUGUUCCAUCACACAAAGGUCAGAGCAUUGAAGAUGCAGGUGAGGAACAUUUUCUAAUAUUGUUGAGAAGGUGUUUCUUCCAAGAUAUAGAAAAAGAUGAUGAUACUGGUGAGGUAGAUUCGAUUAAGAUUCACGAUCUUUUGCAUGACAUUGCUCAAGAUGUCUCGAGGAAGGAGAUUUUUGCAGGAAGUGACAACCUAGAUAAAAAUAUUCGCCAUCUCUCACUAUUCAACGAGGAAAUUAAUUAUGAAAUUUCUUGUUUGGAUAUACCGCGUUUACGUUCGUAUCAUGAUUAUAGGUUUGAUGGGUGUUUUAGGCAUGAAAAUAAUUUUCUUGUGGAGAAAUUAGUGAAAACUUGUAGGUACCUAAGGGCAUUAAGAUUAAAAAUUAUAGAUUUGUCAAGUUUAAAUUACGUAGGUGAAUUAUUGCAUCUACGAUAUUUAGAUCUCUCAUUAAACCGCUCAUUAGAAGUGCUCCCUAAAUCAAUAACAAAAUUAUGUAAUCUAGAAAUAUUAAUUUUAGAUGGUUGUGUCAGUUUAAAAGAGUUACCGGAAGAUUUGAGUAGGUUGAUCAAACUUAGGGUCUUAAAUAUUUCAGGUUGUUUUCAGUUGAAGUAUAUGCCCAAGGGUAUGGAUAAGUUGACAUGUCUUUAUAGACUGAGUGAUUUUAUAGUGGGUGGUAAGAAAAGUUAUACAAGUUGGUCAGAAUGGUUUUUAGAAUUAGAAGAGUUGAAAGAUCUUCAAAACCUCCAUGGUCGACUUAGAAUUGAAAUAAAGUUGUCUAAAAAUGUAAGUCAAGAUCUAAUCUGGGAGGGGAAAAGAUUUUAUUUGAGGGAUAAAAAACAUCUCAAUCACAUUCGUAUUGAUUUUAAUUAUGAGAUAGAUUCUGGAAGAGUAUUGGAUAAUGAGGGAGCAAUAAAAUUGAUGGAAGAUCUGCACCCACCUUCUAGUCUUCGCUUUUUUGAGAUGUGGUAUUAUCUUGGUAAGCUAAUGCCAGAGAGGAUAUUCCAUCUUUCAAACCUUGUAAAUCUUGUUCUUUAUCGUUGUUUCAAGUUGGAGUACCUUGAAUGCUUUGGAAAUGUAGAAGAAAGGUCAAUCCUCCCUUCUCUUCAAAAACUUAAGUUAGAAAUACUACCAAAAUUGAAAGGAUGGAGGAGAGGAGGGGUUGGGGUGGAAGAUAACAACUCCUCAUUAUGUCUUCCUUCUUUGAAGGAAUUACAUAUAGACUAUUGUGAGGAGCUGACGUGUUUUCCGGUGUGUCCCAGAUUGGAGGAAUUGUUUUUAAGGAAAUUCAAUACAAGAUUGAAUGGGAUAAUGAGAAGAACAGAAAGAGAUGAUGAAGAAUCAAGUGAAGUCAUUGUUCUGGAAUCUUCAAAAUUGAAACACAUGAAUAUUGAUGAUGUGGCAUGGAUGAAUUCACUGCCUAUUCAGGCUCUUCAACGUCUUGAAACCCUAACAAUAUUUGAGGAUCUGGUUGUGGAGAAUUUGGGAGAAGUAUUCCGUGCUUGCUCUUCUCUCCGAAUUCUGAAGAUUAAAUAUUGCCUCAAUUUAAGGAGUAUAGUGGCUGGAGAAUUGGAACAUCUCUCUGCUUUGGAGACAUUAUUUAUAUCAUCGUGUAAAAAUCUAAAAUUCUCGGAAGAAAAAGAAGAAAAUGACGGUGUUGGAUACAAUCCAUCCAUUCUUCCCUCUCUUCUUACCUUGACGUUGUAUGACCUCCCAAAGAUGGAGCAUCUGCCAAACUGGAUGCAAUUCUUGCCUGCUCUCCAAACUCUUGAAAUAUGUUGUUGUAGCCUGAAAGCAAUCCCGAAUUGGAUGCCCAAACUCAACUCUCUCAAGAAACUUCAUGUUAAGCUGUGUUCAAAAAGCCUGGAGAGAAGAUGCAAAGAAGAUCCACCAGGAGAAGACUGGCCUUGCAUUCAACACAUCCCCAACAUUCAAUUUAUAGAUUGUUUUUUAAGUGAAUUCUGAUGAAGAUCAUUGGGAUGAAGAGUAUUCUGAUGAAGACAAUGAAUAACACCAUAGCUCUCCUGGCCCAUCGUCAGGAAACACAAAAUUCUGGUUUGGGAUAAUGGCAACUUUAUUGUUGGAAUGGUGCAAGUUGAAAUUCUACCCAAAACGAAGCCUCAAUUCAUAGCUUGUGCAAGUUGAAAUUCUACCCAAAACGAAGCCUCAAUUCAUAGCUUUUGUCCCGGGAAAUUCUUGAUUACUCCCAUGUUCCUGGACGUGCUGUUCUUCAUCGUGGUCGCCAUCGCCAUGGUGCUAGAGCUACUACAGAUGGGAGGAGGUCAAACUUGAUCUUAUGGUGCAGAAGUUCUGUCUUCCGAGAGCUUAAGAAAUAUAAGAAGGACUUUUCUACAGGUGUGGAGAGUGUCAACGGGAGAAGAAAGAAAGGAAGCAACUGUCAUUUGCUGCGACCAAAGAGGUUAGUAUCAUGGACAGCUACAUUGACUAAAUUGUAUUUUGCUUCUCUUGAAAACUUGAUAUGGUUUUUGCUAUGUUAGGUCUUGCAUGUCAUGAAAUAUAAACUCUAUAGUUAUGUUAGGAGAAAUUUGAACUCAAUACAUUAAUUGAAAAAUAAAUAAUAUGUACACAAAAAAUUAACCCCGACUUAAUGCGUUUUAGGCCAUAUAGUUAGACCGCAAUUGCUCUGUCGCGGGUGUCGGGUUUCGGGUAAGGUCAUUUCUGAUCGAGUCAUUUUCAAGCCGGGUCAACUACAGGUCCGCUCGAUUUGGGUCUUGAGUUUUUUCAUAAAAAAAUAUUACUAAUUUCUUAUUAAAAAGGCAUAAAAAAAUAAUUUUCUUUUGUUUUUAUAAUGUUUUUAUAAGGACCAAUAUACUGCUUCUAAGACUUUAAUGUACUGGAACCAUAAAAAAAUUACUUUAAUGUAGAAAUAAAAACUCAAAUAUAAAAACUGACAGAAAAUAUAGUGAAUCUCGAUGACGUGGAAUUGAAAUAAAUUGAAACAAGAAAAACGGGUCAAAACGAUCAUGUUUGGGUUUCCUUCAGGUUUAACCCAAUUUUUUCGGUUUUCCGGGUCUAGUUAGUUUAAAAUUUUCAUAUUAUAACCCACUGGAUUUUCAGUUAGGUUUCGGGAAUCGUGUCGGAUAAUUUUGACGGGUUUACAUAUGGCCCAUCAUUACAAGAUAAUCUUCUAUCUAUUGUCAAUGAUGAAUUACAAAGGUACAUUCAAAUUUUACCAUGAAAACGUUUGCCAAAACCAUUACGAUGCUAAGAACAAUACAAACAACAAUGAACAAAACAACAUUUGACAAUGUAAACUAAUCAAAAAAGACACAAGGAUUUAAGGAGGUUUACCCAAUGAUGGUUACGUCCUCCGUGGUGUGUAGUUUCUGUUUAUAUUAUCUCAAGAAUGUAUAAACAACACUUACAAAUGAAGAAUUACAAUUGAGUAAGAGAUAUAAACAAAAGGCUAUGUGUUUGGCUUAGGGGUUGUGUUUGAUGUGUUUGAUGUGUGAGUAUGAGAGCUCUAUAUAUAGUACUAGGUACAUGAAUGUCAAUAGCUCACUUGAAUAUAGUAUUAAUAUAGAGUAAUGAAAAAUAUGAAAUAACUCCAAGAACUUAAAUUGUCGAAAAUCAGCAUCCCAUGCACAUCAGAGGAUCCGCUCGACCGAAACAGGGAGCUCGCUCGGUCGAGCGGCUGGGUCGAGUGAGCAUCAGCUGCAUUCUGGAGCAUUCUGUCUGACCGCUCGACCUACCAAUGAGGCUCGCUCGGUCGAGCGGGUAGGUCGAGCGACCUCUCUGCUUCUUCUAUCAGAAUUCUGAUCGAGCUACCAUAAAUACAAACCUUUCUACUUCUUCAUUAAUCUUCAUUAACACCAAUAAUUUCCAUGAAUACUCUCCACAUAAUUACACCCUUUUGGAUUCCACAAACCAAGAGUCACACACUUGAAUACACACUUUAAUUUGUGCACUCAAGUCACACAUACCAUUCAUAACAAUCUCCACCUUGACUUGAGUUCACCCAAGUCAAAAACAUUCAUCAAUCCACUUCAUAAACAAAAGAAAAUAUACACACCUCAAGUGCCCCAAAAGGCAUUAUCUCAAGCAAGGAGCUAAAUCAACCAAGUCAACACAUAAUUCAAACUUGGUUGUAGGUAAUGACUUUGUCAUCAUGUCAGCUGGAUUCUCCGUAGUGUCGAUCUUUUUCAAUAACACCCUCUUGUGCUCAGCUUCAUCCCGGAUGAAAUUAUACUUAAUAUCAAUGUGUUUGGACCUUCUAUGAAAUGUAUUUUGAUUCCUAGCCAAGUGAAUUGCACUUUGACUAUCAUAAUGCACACUUACCUCACACACGAAAUUGCACAUUUCACCAACAAGACCUUUAAGCCAUUUUGCCUCCUUGAAUGACUCCGCCACGGCUAUGUACUCCGCUUCGAUUGUCGAAUGAGCAACCACAACUUGCAAAGAUGAUUGUCAACUUAUCGCCGAACCACCCAAAGUAAACACGAACCCACUUGUGGACUUUCUAUUAUCUAGAUCACCACCAUAAUCCGAGUCACAAAACCCGGUUUAACUCAUCAUUGGUGGUGCCUAGGUGACAGAUCUCUUCAUAUGUUAACACUCUUUAGUUAAAACCACUUAUAAUAUUAUAUUUCAUCUGGAUCAAGAAGUUUCCACAAAUGGAUUUUGUUUAAAUUUUUCUAUGUCAAAAGCUAUUUUUUCCUAUUAGAAUAUGGUAAAUAUCUUGACACACAUCACACUAUUGCAGAAAUUAUUGAAGAAGGAUGGUGAGUCGGGUUCUUAAGCCGCUUGUAUAGUUACGUGGCUUCCUUGUAUAAAAGUGGAGUCCAUCUUUGUAGGGAAAUAACUUCUGUCAAUAUAAAGUAGUAAGUCCUAGGAAGAAGGGUGUUUCCUUUUUAAUUUUGGGUUGGCCUUUUGCAGAAUAUUGUAAAUUGAUUUGGUCUUCUUUUUCUCAUUGCACUGUGUAUGUAGUAGCCAAUACUAUUCAGAUAGGCUUAAACCAUUAGAACUUUCAUCUCUCGAUGUGUAUUUUCAAGUGCUCGAGCUAUAUGAGGAGAAUUUUCCUUC